AUGUGCAAUUUGAAAGAUGUCAAGACCAAAUUUGCUUCAGUAAGUUGUGGCAUUAUAGGAAGCGGUUUAUUGAGAUUUCAGCUCUAUCUCGAUAGUGUGAUGGACAAUUUGCUGCCAGCUGCGCGGCCUUUCCUCAUGAAGGUAUAUAAGAACAAAGAAGAGGCUGAUAUUGCAUGGGAGGUCAUGGUAUCAUCACGAAUUUAUGGGCUUGCAUUUGGUUGUUUCAUUUCCAUAUAUUUCUCCAAGCUACAUGGCCGGAAAUAUCCAGUUGUCUUAGGUACCGCUCUUGACUUAGUCGGAAUACUUCUUACACUUCUCACUGUACAUAUCAGACUGGGGAUGGUAGCAGCCACCGUUGGUCGAUUUAUAAAUGGAUGUGGACAAGGUAUUGUGCAGACAGCUGGUACCGUGAUGUUAGCUGAACUGCCACCCAACCAUGGCCGUGGUCUCGCUUUGGCCACACUUACAGUAUGGGCUUGUUUGGGUGAACUGGCUGGCAUGGUUAUCUCCCUGGAAGAGAUAUUCGGAAAUUCGUCAUCAUGGCAUAUUGCUAUGGGCGUACCUCUGAUUCUUCUCGUGCCUGCAUUUUACAUACUCAUUAGUGCUCCAGAAAACAAAAGGUGGUUUUUAUUAUUUUUCGAAAAAACUCCUAAGUGA